CCCGUCUGCUCGCGAUAAACAAGCUGUGUCGUUUCCUUUCUUUCCAGUUCGUAGACCGCUUCUUGCUGUACGGUUCGCACAACAACAUGGCUCCUAUUCCCACUCCGCCGGUGAAAUACACCCAGUUGUUCAUCAACAAUGAAUUCGUGAACUCCGUCAGUGGCAAGACAUUCCCUGCUUACAACCCGGCGACGGGAAAGAAGAUCGCCGACGUUCAAGAGGGCGACAAGGCCGAUGUCGCAAAAGCAGUGGAGGCAGCCAAAGCUGCCUUUGCUCGCAACUCCGUCUGGCGUACGUUGGACGCGUCGAAGCGAGGUCGUUACCUCUACAAGCUGGCCGACCUGGUGGAAAGGGAUGCCGAAUAUCUCGCGAACCUCGAAUCUUACAACAACGGCAAGCCAUACAAGUACUCCCUGGUUGACAUGGAGAUGGCCGUCAAGUACAUCAGGUACUAUGCGGGCUAUGCCGACAAACUCCACGGAAAGACGCUACCAGCUGACGGAGACUUCUUCUGCUAUACCAGACUGGAGCCUGUUGGAGUCUGCGGUCAGAUCCUCCCAUGGAACUUCCCUCUGAUGCUGCUCGCAAUGAAGGUGGCACCAGCGCUCGCAGCUGGCUGCGUGUGUGUUGCAAAGCCCGCUGAACAAACGCCGCUGACUGCUUUGUACUUCGCCAGUCUCGUCAAGGAAGCUGGCAUUCCAGCCGGCUGCGUUAACAUCGUUCCUGGGUACGGACCUACCGCGGGAGCAGCCAUCGCCGAGCACAUGGAUGUCAACAAGAUCUCCUUCACAGGGUCUACUGAGGUAGGAAAGCUCAUCCAACAAGCGGCUGGCAAGACUAACACGAAGCGGGUUACCCUUGAACUUGGAGGCAAAAGCCCACUGGUUGUCUUCCCAGAUGCUGACUUGGAUGAAGCUGUUCAGAUUGCCCACCACGGCCUGUUCUUUAACAUGGGACAGUGCUGUGUCGCUGCCAGCCGUCUUUACGUCCACGAAGACAUCUAUGAUCAGUUUGUGGUCAAGGCCAAAGAGCUCGCCCUCAAGAGGGUCGUAGGAAGCCCGUUCGAUGAUAAAGUCGAGCAAGGACCACAGAUCGAUGACGAGCAAUUCCAAAAGAUCUUGGACCUGAUCGACUCUGGAAAGAAGGAAGGAGCGAAGCUGGAAUGCGGUGGGAACCGCAUUGGUACCGAGGGCUAUUUUGUGGAGCCCACGGUGUUCUCAAACGUCACUGACGACAUGCGCAUUGCGAAGGAAGAAAUCUUUGGCCCUGUGCAGCAAAUCAUGAAGUUCAAGACGACGGAGGAAGUCCUUGAUCGGGCUAACAACACGUCCUAUGGGUUGGCUGCUGGAGUUGUGACGAAGAACCUAGAAAAUGCAAUCACCUUCUCUCAGGGUAUCCAAGCUGGAAUGGUCUGGGUGAACACUUACCUCUCUGGAAAUGCGCAAGUGCCGUUUGGUGGAUUCAAGAUGUCUGGUAUUGGUCGUGAAGGAAGUGAAGAAGGUAUCCUCGCUUACUGUGAAGUCAAGACGGUGACUGUGAAGAUACCAAAGAAAUCUUCUUAAAGAGACGGUGCUGGGAACCGGUUGUGCAAAUUCCGAUGCUAACAUCGGUUAUUUUCUACGUUUACUGUGUAUCACGUUUUUGUGAGCUGGUUAUGGUUCAACAUGAAUAAAAAGUGCCCUGAGCGAA